AGUAAAUUCGGGAAUCGCUCGUGUAUCCUUGCGCGAACCGAAGAUGGCAUAUAAACAUUAUGUAGAAUUAAUAAUAGCGAGUAGAGCGUGUGGGCUGGUAGAUAGAAGGCAUCCUGUUUGAUAGGAAGCACAUCAAAGCAUAUAGAUAACAGUUAACAAAAUACAGUUUCCUUCGGGCCAGUGUGCUGCUGCUGGUCCUAAGUAUCGUGCUACGUUUCAAAAUCGUCACAUAGUGAAACAACAUGACAUUUGCUCUCUUGUUUUUCGUCGCCUUGUUUUUGGAUCAGUAUAUGGGACAAAUUGUCGAUAUCGGUGAUGUGUGGGAGAUCAGAUGCCCGCAAGGAUGUACCUGUGAGAUCCAAAAGUACUCCGAUCUAUCCUUGCAUCAAUGGGCUAGCACGAACAGGGAUAAUAAUCAGGACGUACCCUCCGACGAUGUUGAUUUCAAUAUGAACGACAAUCCAAUGGCUCAUGAAUUGUUGAAGAUCGCAACAUGCGUGAUUGUCGACAACCCUGAAGAGCUUUUGGCUAAACUUCCUUCAGAUAUACAGGUUCUGACGUUACUCGAAUCGGGCAGCGGGGACGUUGAUAUUCUUCUGCAAGCUACUACAUUCCAACGAUUCACCGAACUGAUAUCGCUAGAUAUUCAAGGAAUAGAUUACAGUGAUCUGUCCACGAAAGAGACGAAUAAUCGUACAGAUAAAGGCGGCAUUAUUCUCGCAUCUGAUGCGAUGUAUCCUCUGGGAUCUACUUUACUGUAUCUAAAUCUGGAACGAGUUAAACUGUCGAACUUGAAUCUGCCAAACAAGGACAAGGCGAAUCUAGUGAUCAAGCCGGUGAACUCGCAGGAAACGGAAACAGCCGACGAAAAUCAGGUGCCUGUAAGCAAUACCAGCCAGCACAAAGGUCACCGGCUUAUUUUCCUAAGUCAACAGAACAAAGAAGAUAAAGAGAUCCUGCCGUAUGAUCUCUAUAAGCAAGAAUUGGAGGGCUAUAGAGAAAACGUUGAGCUGUUUGCCGCGCUCGGUGUGCUGACGCAUUUAAGGGUAAACGAUUGCGCCCUGAAAGAUAUAUCCUGGCAUAUGUUCGACGGCCUCAAUAGCCUUCUUUAUCUCUCGCUGGAAAGGAACAGUUUGAAAUUCAUUCCCGAAUUUUGCUUUUACGGCACACCGAACUUAAGACUACUCUCGCUGGCAAGCAACGAAUUAUUGACGCUGAAGAGCGUAGACCUGGCAGGAUUGCUCAUGCUGGAACAUUUGGAUUUAAGACAAAAUAAUUUAACGUUCCUGUCGGAGUUAUCGUUUCCGCCUUUUCCAGCGCUCGUGAGCGCCGAUUUCACGGACAAUCCUCUGGAUUCUAUUUUUCCAAGUACCUUCGAGAUCAUGAAUACAACAAUAAAGUUGUAUCUCGGUGGUAUGGCAUCGAAACUGAAACUGCAGAAGAACUCGUUACUGGGCCUACGUCAAGCUGAGAUAUUACACUUGUACAAUCUAGAGAUACCAAUAUUAGAACGCUUUAUCUUGCAAGGACUGCCAUCGUUGACACAUCUCAAGAUGCGAGGAAACAUCUCGAGCAUCGAUUUCGAUGCGUUUGUCGAUCUUGCUAACUUGCUGGAUCUCGAUCUAAGUCACUGUCAUAUUCAGCGAAUUUCUAUGGAUGCCUUCUACGGUUUGGAGCAAGUUAAGAGGAUUGACUUAUCGAAUAAUGAUCUUGAAUUCAUACCGCCUGGUUUAUUCACUGCUCAACAGCAGAAGGAAUUGAGAGAAAUCAUACUUACAAGCAACAAAUUAACUUCGCUACCUUUAGAGUUUUUUAGAAAUUUGAGGUUGCCAAAUAAACAAACGCACGUACAAAAUAUAAGAUUGGAUGGCAAUCCUUGGGAUUGUACUUGCGUCAUGGUCAGCUGGAAUCCUAAUCUGGUAAACAGAAACAAGGAAACGGCUCCACGAUGUUCGACGCCAAAACGAUUACAGAAUUGGGGGAUCUUCUAUGCAUUACGCAAAGGUGGCUUACAAUGCAGAAGCCCGAAGAAAAGGUACCUUCGGAAGUCUCUAAAGACGAGAAGCUUCGAGGAAGACAACGAUAUCAGUUAGCCAAUCUCCCUUCUCGAAUUGUAUGUAUAUAUUGAUAUACACGGAGGAUUAUAAAAGAAAUACAUUAAAAAUUUUUAUAA